CCUGCGCCAAAGUCUUGGCGAUCGGGAGCUCCAAAUUAUUAUUUUCGACCAUCUUCUUCCGCCAGCAGCAUCCACCGACAACGGCAAGCUCCGGCCACAGCAACAACCACCGCUCAACAACCCCUGCCCGAUUCCCAGACGAGCGGCUAGGUUUCUUUUCCUCGACCAAAGCUUUAUUCACCCUCUUCUCCCGCAAGUAGCUCGAAAUAAGCAGACCGAAACACCUAAACACCAUGACGCCCGCCGCCGCCGCCGCGAUGCGGAUGCGCCUGGCCGCACCUCUCCUCCGCCAGCGCGCCGCCAUCCUCCCCUCCCGAACUUCUGUCCUAGCCUACCGCACCGCCCGCGCCAUCCACUCCAGCCCACCCGAGCAAGCCAAAGUCGUCCCCGUCUAUGGAACCGGUCCCCCUCCCGAGCCUCCCAAGCCCGCCGCCGAGUUUGCCUCCAGCACCCCUUCCGACCCUCCCACCCGCAACAGCGGCGCCAUCCCCGAAAUCAAAGAAGGCACCGCCGCCGACCCUUGGUCCCGCAUCUCCCGCCGCAAGCGGCAAGCCGCCAUGCUGCGCGCCGCCACCUUGCCCCCAACCGCCGGCUCCUCCUCCGCCCCCGGUGGCAUCGGCCUCAAGCGGCGUUUCUGGAAAUCUGUCAACGUGGUAACCAAGAACGACAUGAACGAAAUCCACCUCGACUCGCGCCCGCUCCGCCGCCCCGACACUAAAUCCAUCAUCAGCUUGCCUUUAACCAAACCCUCCCUCGCUUCCGCGCUGGCAAUCGAAUGGGACCAGCUCGUGUCUGCGCAGCAAGCGACCAAGCAACAUCUCAUCCCUUUGACUUCGCUGGUCUGCCGAGCUUUGGACAUUGCCGACGAGGACGCCCUAGGCAAGACCGACAUCCGCAACGCCAUCACAAAAGUCCUCCUCCGCUACCUCGACACCGACUCCCUCCUCUGCUGGGCACCGGCCCCCACGCACCCCGAAGACGGGCGGAACGACGCCGGGUAUACGCUGCGCGAAGUACAAGAGGAAGCCUACUCCUCCGUCGUCUCCUUUUUGACGACCCGCGUCUGGCCAGGCGUGACCAUCGUCCCCGUCCUCGACGAAUCGAGCAUCAUGCCCCGCCAGCAGGAACCGGGCACGCGCGAGGUGGUGCAGGGGUGGAUGUUGGGCUUAUCCGCGUGGGAGCUGGCGGCGCUGGAGAGGGCGACGCUGGCGGGCAAGAGUUUGUUGGUCGCUGCGAGAUUGGUGGUGGAGUGGAGUGGGGAUGGGGGGAAUGCUGUUGUGCAGACUCCGGAAGAGGAGGAGAUGACCACCCAGAACAAAAAGAGGUGGGGAGUCGAAGAGGCGGCGAGGACGGUCAGUUUGGAGGUGGAUUGGCAGACGACGCAGUGGGGAGAGGUCGAGGAUACGCAUGAUGUUGAAAAGGUGGAUUUGAGGAGGCAGCUGGGUAGCGCGGUGUUGUUGUGUGCUGGUCAGGGGGCGACGGAUGUGAGUGCGAACAAGGCAAAGCUAUAGUAUAGUUCUGGUUGUGAGGUUUUGGUGGGUUUGUAUGGAUAGGUCGGUCUGUUGAUUGAGAUGGUGGUUUCUGAAUUGUAUUAUAAAGGUAUUAUUAUUGCUUAGCUGUACAUGGUAUUCUGGUAUAUAUAAAAGUAUGGAACAUUGUAAAAACACUGAUUCGG